AUGGUACUAGGACAGUCGUUAUCAAAGUUUGAUAGUUCUCCUCUACCUAACCUAUCUGAUUAUCAUCAAGUUGUUGGUACUCUACAAUCUUUGGCUCAUACAUGUCCUGACAUUUCCUUUACUGUCAGUAAGUUGGGUCAGUUUUUAUCUGCACCCACUCUUCUUUACUGGCAAGCUACAUGUCCAGAUGAUCGAUGGUUUACUAGUGGCUAUCUCAUUUUCUUAGGCGAUGCAUUGGUUUCUUGGUCCUCUAAGAAGCAGGCAGUGGUUGCUUGUUCGAGUGCAGAAUCAGAGUAUUACUCUCUUGCUCACACAGCUUUUGAACUUUGUGGCUUUGAUCUUUGA